CCACCAUGGGCUAAUUAUUUUAUCUGUUAAUCACUAGGUUCACUUUUACGAAUUUUCCUCCGACAAAUAUCACGGGCUUGCUAAAGAGCGGUUCGAGAAAUAGCGUCUUUGAUGGCCAAAACACAUCUUCGACGCGGUUACCAACAAUGAACCACGUCGAUCGUAACUCAGCGAAAACCGAGUUGAACCAAGAAAAUUUGAAUAAACUGAGCGAAAAGCAGUCAUAUGCCGAUUGAAAGCGUUUGUACCAGUGGUUCGCGAUCGAGUCUAAGACAUUGAAGCCGUGCUAGUGGGAGGGUGGUGAGUUGCAUUCAAGACCUACGGUUUCGACUCCAAGUCAGAGGUGACGGGCAUCUUUUUUCCUUCUCCACUCAUCUUUGAGUUGGUUUUAUUUUGUCUUAAGGUGCGCCAACACACCUUGAUCGUGCUCAUAUUGUUAUUUCGUGUUGCGCGGUGCGACGAGCAAGUCACACGUAGCGAUCAUAUCGGUUUAGUAGUUCGCUCCUUUGGGAAACUUAAUAAUCUGCCCUCUUCGCGGUUUGCUUAGUCAGUCGAUCCAAGAUACUUGACUCAAAUUGGAAACGGGGUGCCCCCAAGACGUAGUGCUUGACGGUCCUAAGUGAUCUUAACGAAUUCUUAACGAAAACGAAUCUUCAAGUCGAGAGUUGUACUGAGGAGUUGGAUUGUCUCUUGGUUAGUUAGUGUACCCCCAGUGAAAAGUGAGUGACAUCACGGACUAUCGACCCGAGCAAUAGUGCAGUAUAGCAUUGAGAGGGUUAAGGGAUACGCGAUCGUAUAGGAACGUUAAUUUUUACGAGAGUGUAAGUGAAGCGGUGAAGUGAGAAAGUAAAAUUUCAAUUGCAAAAUAAGCGACUGAACUGUUCUAAGUCGACUGUACAGUGACCGAGGUGCCUAUUGUGUGAAGCUACAUUGUGAAUUGGAUUAAAGUUCGUCUAACUCGUGCAUCCGCCACCUUGUGACUUUUAUGAAAGCUGUUUCAAAUAGUGGAUCCGGUGAAAGCGCGAUUGCAUCGUAUAGUUAUAAUAAUUAAACGUAUUUUUAAAAGUGCACCCAGGCAAUGCAAGGAUUUUAAUGAAAUUUUUUGAUGUCCAUUACAAAUUUUAAAAUUCUACAAAAAUGACGUCGAUCGGUAUUUACUUAGUAGCAGCGUUUGCAUUUAGUAUAAUCACAUCCACUAACGGACAAGUGUAUCACAACCCAAAUGAUCCCGCUCCACCUGCACCGGAAAUAAAACCAACAGUUGCUCAACAAGAUGGUUUCAUAACUCAAACAGUUUAUGGCUUUCUGGAUUUCACGACUACAAUAGGUAACACAGUUAUGAUAUUUUCUCCUCAAAGCGCACCGCCACAGCCUCCUCCCGAACCCCCGAAAAAUGUGGUGAAAACUGUAACGAGUGUCAUCGAAACGAAACCUGAAGUUCAAGAUGUGAAACCAAAAGAAAUCAAACCAACGAAGACCGCUACGAAAUCUUCCAAGCCUAAAGUUUCAACAAAAGUUGAAGUGAUUGCAGGCCCACCAAUUCAACAGAGCUCUAAGGUUCAAAUUAUUGCAUCAAAGGUUGAAGUAGUAGCAAAUACACCAAACGCAAUUCAACAAAAUCCGAUUGAAGUGAAACCCGCUCCCAAACCCAGCAAAGUUGCAUCGCCACCACCUCCGGUCUUCUCCAGUAUCGUUGAAGUUCGGGCGGACGUUGACCCGGAGCCCGUCCUUGUGGUUGGUAAUAACUUAGCUGAGCCCGAAUAUGACUUCCUGUCGAGGCAGCCAGCUCCAUUCGCUGAAGAAUCCUUCAGGGUGGUUAAUAUCAAACCUGGCGCUGGUAAGAAUGGACAUCGGAAUCGUCCUAGUCACGAGCAAAGAAAAUUACAAACAGCACCACCGAGAGAUACACAUCCAACAGGAUUGGUCACAACAAUUACGGGUAGUGUUGUGAGAGACGGAGUCACUACAGUUCACGAAACUAGUGUCAUUGGAACAUACAUAUCCGGAAAAUAUGCCCAAGUACUACAGAGUACAUCUCACGUUUACAAAAACCACAAACCUAAAGUUUCACCUUCAUCUACGUUAAGAAUACUGAAGACUGCAGCUCCAACGGUACCUGCAUCGCGUCAUCAUAUUGAUCCAUCACCAACAGCAUCCGAUCUAGCACCGUUACCAGAAGCUCAUAAUGGAAAUUCAGGACCAAACCUUGUACGAUCCUCACGUCGCCCUGCAACCUCAAGCAACAGCUUCAAGAAUCGCAUUCGCAAUAGGACCAACAAAGAUGAACCAAGCUUCGAACCCAGAGAUCCACCUUCUACGACUAGCAACUCAGUUAGUCAAAGCACAACGAAGAAAACUUCGCGUCAUCGUAGUAAAUCUAAGAAUCGCCGAUACAGCAGCAAAUCUACAACGCCUAGUGUAGAAGUUGCAACUGUGUCGGUUCGUAGUCAAUCUCCAAAGCCCUCUUAUUCCAGUCGUCGCAACAAGGGUACCCGUAAGAGCACUCAUACAACGACACCGGCACCUGCAGCACCUCAACCAACGGAAGCACGUCGCGCAUUCAAACCAAAACUUCAGGCUCCCAAUAUUGAACAGGACGACUCUUACAAGUUCAAAUUGAACCGAUCACCAGGACGCUGGCAGUACAAGACUUCACCAAAACCACGAGUAACCAUUCGCAAGGCCAAUGGUGGUGAUGAAGCGCCAGUUACUCCACCUCCUGCUAAUGCAGAAGUCAUUACGAAUGACAUUCCAACGGCAAAUGCAAGGAGCGAUAGUGGUGAUUUGGAGCCUUCUGGAUCGGCUCAUGGAAAUGUUUUGAAUGACGCAGAGACUGGAGAUAAUAGCAUUGAUAAUAAGAAACCGUUGGUGGAAACCAUUAAUGUGGAGAUUUCGACACCGGCUGACUUCAAGGAUGUGUACUAUGAAAUUGCAACAAUCAAGACACCUUAUACAUUCCAGGUUGGAACCAUCAAGAAUACACGUUUCAUAACGGUCACAUCUACUUUCGAGAAAAGUCUAGAACCCGAACCGACUUUCGUUCCAACAAAUCCGAACGAACCACUCACCGAAAAUAUCCUGGCACCCACUACCCAUAUCGACAAGGAACACAAUCUUUUGGACUCUAGCAUUGCAACGCUGCCACCACUAUACUUAACCAGUGAUGCAGAAACUCCACCACUGGAGACACUUACUGAAACUUUCAGCACUACCCAGGAUAUGUUGAAAACUCACAUCCUUCCAGUUAUACGCGACGGAGGCAACGCUACCAGCUACACCCUCAUUCAGACCUACCACAUAACUAGAUUGGUUACAGCUACGAAAACUUUGCCACCCAUGGAUGCAUAUCAAUUUGUUCCUUCCAAGCGUCUCAAGGAAUUCAAUAGCAGACUGGAUGAAGCUGGAUCAGAACUUCAUCUCGAAUUGGAGUUUGGUGAUAAUAACGAUGAAGAUGAUGGUGACGACGAAGAUCAUCCAGUGCGACAAUUGUCUCCUGAGUUAGAUUUGGCCAACAUUGGCUCGGACUUUGACUUGUUCGAUGUAGAUCGCGCUAAGUUGGCUGCUCAACAGAAAACUAGAAGGAAAUUAAAUAAAGCGCCUGUAGAGCAAGCAAAUAAAAAUCUUUCGCCUGACCAAUUGCAACAACUUGCAUUACUACGACUACUGAAUCCUGCUGCAGCAGCACAAGUUCCCCAGGUUUUGACCACAUCAAAACCAGUUGUCAAACUUGAAACCGUCUACGAAUCCCAUGUGAUUCCCGUUUUCAAUGGCCAAUCUACCACCUACAGCACCAUUUCUAGACCAGUCGGCACAGUCAGCAGGACGGAAUUUGAAAUUGAAACUUCAACCCUACCAGCUGUACCUUUACCACAACUUCCAGUUAACCCGCUGUUCCCACCACAACAACCAUUUGGCCAGCCACAAUUCCAAGUGACUACAGCUCCUAUUGUCACCCAGACAGUCAUCACACAAACCCAGAGCAAAAUUCUGAAGUUGACCUUUGGCGCCAAGACAGCCUACACGACCUUGUUCUCGACGAAUGUUGUGCCCACUAUGCUGACCACCUACGUUACAACAUCGGUUGCAGUGCAGCCUACUGCCGCUUUCCCUGGCUUCUUCCCUGCUCCAUUUGCACCAUAUCCAUAUGUAGGAUAAUUGGCAACCCCAUCCUUCCACCCCAAUCCUAUAGCUUUAUUGUUAAAAACAGAUGACAAACUGUAAGUGAACAUCAAUUGGUGCGUAUUAUUCGAAUUUAAGCUGAUACUAGGCGAUAAGUACUUGUAAGCGAACUCAUUAUUUAAGGACACACACCAUAUUACUUCAUCGUGACACGUUUUUAUAAAAGUCCAAUAAAAACUCAAAAAAAAAAUAUUAGUAAAGUUGCCCCGACCCUUUGCAAGAGAAACUUUAUCAAGUAUUGCUUCAAAUGCGGAACUCAUCUCGAAUUUAUCUCAAUUGUGCAAGUUCAUUUUGUUCAUUCAUGCAUUCAGAUAGCAUCCAUGGUUACACAUGUCGUAAUCGAUUUAAAUUCGUGUUAGGUAGCAAAAAUUAAGCGAAGUGCAAAUAAUGUAAAUAAAUGAAACGUAUUUGUAUUAUAAAACAAGAUUGUGUAAUAUUUUGUAUAAAAAGCAAUUUUAUCACAACGAAAUAAAUGUUUUAAAC